AUGACACCGUCGCAGAUGAUCCCACAACACUUCCCUUCGCUUCCCCAAUUUUCACACUUCAUGAAACCAUCGCGUUUCGAGGGUGAGACAAACUACCUUGAAGUGAUAGGCACAAUCCCACCAGAAGUGCGUGGCACAUUCUACCGGGUUAUGCCGGACCCGCAUCUUCCUUCGCGAGUCGAAGAUGACCCAUGGUUCAAUGGCGAUGGCAACGUCAGUGCAUUUCGUUUUGAGUCUGGCAAAGUACAUUUCAAGCAGCGCUAUGUACGCACCGAAAAGUUCAUCAAAGAAUGCGAGGCAGGGAGAGCACUGCUAGGAAAAUACAGAAACAAAUUCACGGACGCAAUCGAGUUCACAGUCCGCACCACUGCAAACACAAACAUUGUCUUCUUCAACGGCAAGCUGUUGGCCUGCAAGGAAGAUGCUCUACCCUAUGAAAUGGAUCCAGUUACCCUUGAGACUAUUGGCCUCUAUGAUUUCAACGGCCAGUUGCCCAGUCUAACAUUUACAGCCCAUCCAAAGCUGGACCCUGUCACCAAAGAAUUAAUUGGCUUUGGCUAUGAGGCCAAGGGUGACGGAACGCCAGAUAUCUGCUAUUUCUCUGUUGACCCCUCGGGAAACUUUACCGACCUUGUCUGGCUUGUUAGCCCGGUAGUGGCUAUGAUUCAUGACUUCGCAGUCUUGUUUCCUCUUAUACCCCACACAUGUGAUCUCGAGCGAAUGAAGGCUGGCGGCGAGCACUGGCAGUGGACACCAAACAUUCCUCUCUAUAUCGGUGUCUUGCCUCGACGUGGAGCAAAGGGCUCUGACAUUAAAUGGUUCCGUGCUCCCAAUGCGUUCCCGGGCCACACCAGCAACGCGUUUGAGAAAAACGGGAAGAUCUUCUUCGACCUUCCUGUUGGCAAGAAGAACGUCUUCUUCUGGUGGCCAGAUUCGCAGGGCAAUGCUCCCAGUCCCCAGGAGGUGGCUUGCCACCUUUCCCGCUUCAUAAUCGACCCCAGCUCCGAUAAUCUGGAGCUACAGCCCGCUGAAAUUCUAUCAUCUGAAGAUGUAGAGUUUCCGAGAAUUGACGAGCGUUUCCUUUCUCGUGAACAUAAUCAUGCCUUUUUCUGCCUCAACGACGAUACUGCACCAACCAUUUGGCCAACAGUGGUGGCGAAAAUGGGCGGCGGCCACCCGGUUUAUAACUCGAUCGGAAGAUUGAAUUUGAGGACGAGACAAUUCGAUAAAUAUUUCCCCGGCAAUAAACACUUGGUACAAGAGACCGUGUUCAUCCCAAGGUCAAGUGGUGCCGCAGAGGGUGAAGGAUACCUGCUAUUUUUGGUAAAUAACUACGAGACCAUGUUAUCGGAAUUGCACCUGGUCGAUACAGAUGAUUUUACCAGGCCGCUAGCCGUUAUUUUACUCCCGCUGCGUUUACGACAAGGCCUUCAUGGAAAUUGGGUAGAUGAUGAAGAUUUGAAACAAGCUCGAUACUGACUUCACCAAGAUUUUUUUCUUGCCUUAUGGAAGUUCUUCAAUCAAACUUUUAUUGUCC